AUGGAAACUGCUGAAACACCAUGGCUCAGAAAUUGGACCUAUUUCACCUUGCAAGGGUUCUCACACCUUGCCACCCUUCAGAUCUUCCUUUUUGAGGGGAUCCUUCUGAUUUUCUUGAUCACAAUGACUGGUAAUACUCUCAUUAUUGUAAUUACAACCACUAACCCUAACUUGCACACUCCUAUGUACUAUUUUCUCAAAAAUUUGUCUUUAAUUGAAAUUUGCCUUUCAUUAAACAUAGUGCCCAAGAUGCUUGUAGAUUUGUUGUUGGAGAGAAAGGUCAUCUCUUUUUCUGUCUGUGCCCUGCAACUUUACUUUGUCAUAUACUUUGUCACAUCUGAGUGUUUUAUUUUGUGUGCCAUGGCUUAUGACCGAUACAUGGCUAUAUGCCAUCCCUUGCGUUAUGCCACCACAAUGAACAGGAGAAUGUGUCUUCUUAUGGUCAUCGCAUGUUGGAUUUCUGGUAUUCCAUUUGCUGUAGGACUUACUGGUUGGCUGUUUAGCUACUCUUUUUGCAGCUCAAAGGAGAUUGAGCAUUUCUUCUGUGAUAUUUCCCCUAUUAUGGACCUAAUUUGUGCAGACACACACUUAUUUGAGCUGCUUGUGUUCAUUGCCACUGUUAUAAUUGUUUUGAUCCCAUUUAUCUUGAUAGCAGCAUCUUACAUCCAGGUAAUCUGUGCUAUCCUCCAAAUACCAUCCGCUGAGGGAAGGCACAAAGCUUUCUCCACCUGCGUUGCUCACCUCAUGGUGGUGACACUGUUCUAUUGCACAACUGGCCUGAUCCAUUUAAAGCCAAAAUCCAGUCUUUCACUAAAUAGCAAGAAAUUGGUGGCUCUUUCUUACACAGUAGUAACUCCUAUGCUGAACCCAAUCAUCUACAGCUUACGAAACAAAGAAGUGAAAAAUGCUCUGAGGAAGACAUUUGGAAGGAGAUAA